AAGCUGACUCCUUGCUGAGCUCCCACGCAAGGGUAGUGUUGUCUCACAGUUGCCUUCUUUCUCCACGGGAAGUUCAUUGCUCAGCAGAUGAAGGCCCAGGGCCAGAAUAAAUGCAGGGGAGGAAGGAGACAGGGUCCAGGUAAAUAGGAAUGAAUAGAGCAGCCUCGAAGUUGGUGCCUGGGUUGGCAGGGGUCCCAUCAGAUGGUUGGGCCCACAAAACCUUAGAGUCAGUCUUCCUGGGGAGUGAGUGACUCCACCUUGGUCAGAAUCCCUCCUCCUCUGAGGCUGUUACUGAGCCACUGCAGGCCGGAGAAACCACACCUGAACGACAAGACUUCCUUAAAAAGCCAGAUCCAGUAAGAGACCAAGAGAGUGAGUAGGAGGCCCUCAGUGGAGUCAAGAUCCCUCCUGAGUAACAGCCCCACCUCCAGCGUGGCAUAUUUCUCUCUCGAACCUCAGGUCUCCGUGGAUUUUGAAUUGGCUGGGACCUCCAAGCCAUAGUAGAGUGGACACUCGUCUACACUGGCUUCUUCGUGGUGUUCCCAUUAUUGCUGUUGAUCUGCUAGGCCAGGUCCUCCCACGUCUCACCUCCCAGACCACCUGACACACUAAUUGGUUCCAGCCACCCGGAUAUCUUUAAGAGUGUGCCCCACCCCAUUUUUUUAGGGGUUAAGGCAGAAGAAGGGGCCAGGUUAGGAGACUGCGGUCUAGUUGAGAUCAUGGAUCCUACCACAAUCAAUUCUGGUCCUCCUCCUCGGAACUUUGCAAAUCCCCAGAUAUUGGAACAGGAAAAGCAGUUUAUGAGGCGAAGCAGCGGCUAGGUGGGAGAGGCGGAUGGCACGCACAAUCCAGCUGAAGGGGCCCAGUUUGAGCGUGCAACAGGCUGUGACACGGCCCUACUCUGGCGGGUGGUUCUUCGGAGUUCUCCCUGCACCUCUCCACCCUGCAGAAAUAAGGCUGCCGGGCCGUCUAUGGGCUCCAGACCUCCGUGGCCCUGGGGAAAGAUAGGGGCGCAGAAGGAGGGGCACACGGGACUCCAGCGCCGGGGGCGGGCCCGAGGCAGGGGGCCCGAAUUGGGAGCCGACUCGGGGGCUCAGGCAGCUUCAGAGUGAAGCGCAGCGGGCGAAGGGACCACUGCAUCCCGGCGGGCCAUGAAUUCGGGCCGCCAGCCCGGGACACUCUUCAGCAUCGCGGACAUCCUGGGCCCGCGCGCCGUCCCGCGGGCACCCUCUGCGCCACAGCGCGCUGAGCCCGGCCCGUACCCCGCGUCGCCGCUGUGCGCGCUGGAGGAGCUGACGAGUAAAACCUUCCGCGGACUGGACGCGCGCGGCGGCCCGCGAGCCCCUGAAGGUACAGCGGGCAAGGCCGACCCAGAUUCGCUGGGCCCCGUUUCCGCGGCCCGCAGGAGGCGCAAGUCACGCACUGCAUUCACCGCGCAGCAGGUGCUGGAGCUGGAGCGGCGAUUUGUCUUCCAGAAGUACUUGGCACCUUCGGAGCGCGACGGACUGGCUGCUCGGCUCGGCCUGGCCAACGCGCAGGUUGUCACUUGGUUCCAGAACCGCCGUGCCAAGUUCAAGCGAGACGUGGAGGAGAUGCGCGCUGAUGUGGCCUCGCUACAUGCGUUGUCCCCUGGAGUCCUGUGUCGCCUAGCGCUGCCCAGUGGUGCCCAAAGCCCUGGCUCCCACCCCACUGAACCUGACUUCGGGGCCCAUUUAUCAGACGAAGAGAUACAGGUAGAUGAUUGAAGGCAAAGCCACUGCCAGCUGUGGGCUCUGGGGCGCUGGACUCCUCGCCUUCUCGAUCUUUGUUUGUCUUGUCUGUGUUUGGGGGUGGCGGGAAGAGGGUCCACCCGGGUUCUGUUCUAGCCUACAGUCCAGACGUCCGCCUUUCCUAACUGUUGAAAAUAAAGUUAAAGUUCUGUUGCUAAACAUCUCAA